UCAAGCAUAUAUCAAUUAUCCGUAUAGGUUCAAAAAAUAUAAAUACUUUCAAUUUCGAAUCAUUUGUCAGUCAAAGUAUCGACAGCGAAUCGUUUGUUCUGACUACUGUUACAGUACGCAUCAGCAAUUUUCUUCAAAUUCAACAUAACGUCCACGACGAGUUAAAUAUUCUGACUUGCAUCUUUGGAAAAACUAGUAUAGUUUCAAAUUUCUUUGCUUAAAAUGAGCGGCAAAUCAUUCAUUAGACACGCUUUGCGUACAGUAUUGCUUUUUCUGGUUGUUGCAUUCCAAUUUUUACAUGGUAUUGAUGCAAAAAGUGUGCGCCUGCCUUCUGCAGAUGUUGAACACCAAUUGGAAUAUCAUUUUCACACAUAUUUCGAUUUUAAUGAUCCUGUACAAGUUUCGCAUGCGAUCAAACUACGAAAUGGAGUAAUAGCAAAUUGUGUUUCGAAAAAAAUUAUUGGGAUUGCACGUGAUUACCACUACGAUCCAGAGAAACCGGUAUUGGAGCAUAACAAUGAUACCAUCGGUUUGAUCAUGAAGCCAUUCGGACCUCAUCCUAUCGGUCAGUUCGAAACAUGGAUACCGGUGGAAUAUUUCGCUAAAGCAUACGAAUGGUUUGUGCAGAAUCGCGGCCCUUUGACUAUCUUCGUUCAUCCACGGACACCGCAUGAAAUGACGGAUCAUGUAGACAGAAUUGUUUUCAUGGGAAAAUCUUACACUUUGGACCCAAACGGACUAGCUGAGCUGAGUGAAUUCAUUCCGAACUUCAAGUCACAAUAUGCAUAUCUCAGAAUGGGCUUCACUAAUCCAGCAAAUCAUAACUUGACAAAUUAUUCCUUCAACUAUAUGGUGUAGAUCAAGAAGAGGAAAGGAAUUAAAAGAGUAAAAAGCCAUAACGCUUAACCAAAAUUGAAAAAAAAAACAGUUGUACCAAUAUUGAAAAUCAUAUUCUUGCUAUUAUUAUUCUAAAAGAAGAU